AUGGCCUCGAUCAGCUCGCCGUUGAAUACGGCACAUCAACACGCUGCGAACGCGGACGAUUAUGUUGCACAAGGCCUCCUUAUUCCCGCGGCGGAGGAGCAUUACAAGGCAGCAGAGGCGUAUCAGGCUUGUGUGGAGGCCGCGACAGACGAGAACACGAAGCGAACGUUGAGGAUGCUCUGCAACGACCACUCAAAAGCCGGAAAAGAACUGCAGAGGCGCAUAGCGAAAUUGCGCGAAGAGAACAAAGAUCCUAGUCUUCCUCAGAAACCUGCGGGCGCCGCGCCCUCUUCGUCUAACGCUGCGCGUCCAGUGACGUUGCCCACCGCUCCCUCUCCACCACCCCAUGCGCAGAACCGAAUGUCCGACUCGCAGCAGACAGUGGACGAGUCUUUUAUGCUCCUAGGUCAACGGAGCGAUUCAGGCGAUCCUUUCAAUCAGUUUUGGAAAAUCACGGAGGGCAUGCUGGACUACCUAUCACAGCCCGUGGCCUUCGCCACGGCACCGCUUGCACCUCCACCCCCAGCAGAAAGCACGCGUCGACGAGAUACGAGCUCCAGUAGUGAUACCGACCUCGAAGACGCCAUCUCAAAGCGCAUCUCGCGCGGAAUAGGGCUCGUGAAGGCAGCGCGAUCUAGGAUGCUCACUCGCCACGACUCUUCAGCAACUACGUCAGACUCCGAGAAUGGCCGUGCGGGUCCGAGUACGUUCCCUCCAAGACCACCACAAUCGUCGCCAGACGCUGCCCGCGAUGAUUGGGAUGAUGAGUUUCGUGCGGAUGAUGCGGCUACCGGGAUGUCAAUGAUAUCGCCAGAAGACGACAUGGCCGACUCUUUCUGCCUCAUCCCAUCAAAGUCCGACACGCCCGCUGAUAACAUGAAGAGGGAGAACGAGACGCUCCACACCGACGUCGAAGAAUUGCGGAAACGACUGGCAUCUGCAGAGGGGAUGCUGAAGAUGCGGCAAGAGCAAGAUCAACAACUACGCGAUAGUAUCCUCUUAGCCAGAAAGGAGGCACAUCGCGCUAUGAUAUCGUCGGUCGUCGCACCCACCCCAAGGCCGAGUCAACCAGGCAUCGACCUCGCCUCCCUCAACAUCAACGUACCGCCGGUGCCACCACCCGUCGCAGCGCUCAACCCAGGCAACCCUGGUCGUGAUCGGGAGGCACAGCUAGUGCGAAGAGUCCGGGAGCUCGAAGAAGAGGUCCGCACGCUGAAAGCCGAGAAUGAGAAACAGAAAGCCAUGAUCGUGCGCUUCCGCGAGCGGUGGGAGAAGCUCAAAGAAUCGGCCAAGCGAAAGAAAGUAGCCAAAGCCGCAGCGGAGGCCACGAACAUUGUCAACGAGCGUAUAGAGGAAGAUCCAGAAGCGGAGGCAGAGGCCGAGAAAGAUUGUUUCUGA